GGAUCUGCUCUGGUUUUUCUGGCACUUUCUGUGACUUAUCAAAUUCUACCAUCAACGCGGGCAUUCCCGAUAGAUUGCCAAAAGAACACUGCCGUCUGUUUGGAAGAAAUAAUGAAGGAAGUCACCCAAGUUCGAUUUGAGAUUAAAAUUCUCAUGGAGAACAAAACAUUGGCGAGACGUAAGCACACUUCCUCUUCGUUUAUGUGUGUUUACUACCUUUACUAUUAUUCUUUUUCAUUUCAAUUUUUAUUGUUACUUUUCAAGAGAAUAUCAACUGUUAUUCCCUUGUACUUUAUCGACAGCUAAGAACUGUGCUGAGCUCUACCAUUCCGGUCAAAGGAUCAGCGGUGUUUACACAAUCGACCCAGAUGGCUCAGGUGCCUUUAAUGUCUAUUGUGACCACACUACUUCCGGUGGGGGAUGGACAGUCUUCCAGAAGAGAAUGGAUGGCUCCGUUGAUUUUAAUCGCACCUGGAAUGACUACAAACAUGGCUUCGGUAACUUGGUCGGUGAAUUUUGGCUCGGACUGGACAAGAUAAACCGUCUGACACAAAAUAAGACAAAGAACAUGCUUCGCGUAGAUCUGGGGGUGACUACGCGCCAAACUGUUCACGCUGAGUAUGAAUGGUUUGGAAUUGGAAACGGGACGGCUGACUAUCGGCUGUACAUUGGCAAUAUGACAAGUAAGUAAACAGUCUUUUUACACAUUCAUCGUUCGAUCUUUAUGUAUUACUUCCUUAUCGACGUCUACUGCCCCAUUCAUACCAAAGCUUAAGGGGUUUUGCUUAGGGUUAGGUUAUUGGCUUCUUCAGAGAGGCUUCUUAAACUGUUGUUUGUCCGCUUCAAAGUUAGUAAAUUGAAAAUACAAGUCAGUGAAAACUUGAAUCCUAAUGAAAACUGAUUUUUAAUUCAAUCCCUUCCCCCAACUUCACGUAACCUGCAAAUAAUGGUUUGUUUUAGCGUAUACCCGCUUGACUGUGUUUUGCUGUUCAUCUUGCCUAUACCUAGUUGAGUUCACGCUCCUCCGUGGUCAGUUUGCUCUCGAGAUUGCUUGAAAUAGAAGAGUCAUUGAACUCGGCUUUAGCAAAAUCAUAAAAUUUUAGUAUUCAUAAUUUUGCCCGAUAUUUUUGUAUUUCGAUAAUAGUAGUUAUCGAGUUUGAGGUGUCAAAAGUGUUAUCAUGAUCCUAAUAUUAUGGAAUUUUCUUUUUUUUUCUAAGCAGAUGCAACUGUUUCCAAUGAUUCCCUCAAUCCUCACAAAGAUUUCAUUUUUGGUACCUGGGAUAAAGAUGCUGCUAAUUGUACUCUAAAAAGAGGCGGAGGUUGGUGGUAUGGCAGUAGUGAUUGUGCUGUUUGGUCGAAUCUCAACGGAAUUUAUCCGCAUUGUGGAAAUAAAACCUUGGCCAAUAUCCAUUGGGAUCAAUUGGAUCAAAAAAGGCCCGAGGGCAGCAACCCCACAUCAACUGAAAUGAAAAUUAGACCAGCGGAUUUUUUUAAAACUUUCUGA